UGUGGGUGAUGGCUUACUCUUGUAUAUUUCAAUACGAUAAUGGUAUGACGUAGAUAAAUCCCUUUCUUCCAUCAAAAUUGAAACUUUUGUUCCCAAAUCGCUUAAUCGCUAAUCAUUCUCUUCAUCCCAUUCCAAUUCUCAGACCAAGCAACUCCGAUCCGAUUCUCUUCACAAUCGUAACAUAAACAACGCUUCCUCCCAGGUGUGAUAAAUUAAUUUGGGAAGUAGAUAGUAGUGAUUGAUUAGGAAGAUUGAAGAUGGGGGCAGUGAUGUCGAGAUUCUGGUUCAUGUUAUUCCCUGCAAAAGAGUAUAAGAUUGUUGUUGUUGGGUUGGAUAACGCGGGUAAAACUACAACCCUUUAUAAAUUGCAUCUUGGUGAGGUUGUUACUACCAACCCUACUGUUGGCAGUAAUGUGGAAGAGCUUGUUUACAAGAACAUACGAUUCGAGGUAUGGGAUCUUGGUGGACAAGAAAGACUCCGGACAUCAUGGGCAACGUAUUACCGAGGAACUCAUGCUGUAAUUGCAGUGAUAGACAGCAGUGAUAGAGCCAGAAUCUCUAUAAUGAAGGAUGAACUCUUUAGGUUGCUGAGUCAUGAAGAUUUGCAGCAUUCUGUCAUCCUUGUCUUUGCUAAUAAACAAGAUAUCAAAGAUGCUAUGACUCCUGCCGAGAUUACUGAUGCACUGUCUCUUCACAGCAUCAAGGAUCAUGAUUGGCACAUACAAGCUUGCAGUGCCCUCUCAGGAGACGGCCUUUAUGAUGGUCUGGGUUGGAUUGCCCAGCGAGUAACCGGCAAAGCAUGAGUUUGGGUUGCUGGAAACUAAGGAUAACAUUUAUUUUAAUGAACUGUAUUGUUGUGAUAAGGGACAAAAAUAUAUGUAUCAUUUAUAUUUCAAAGAAUCAAGCCAAGUUAGUGCGCCAGGAUGAAUUACUGUGCAGAAAAAGAUUAUUCAGUAAUCUAUUAAGUCACACACAUAUUCCCAAAUUGUUAUAGAAAGAAGUCUCUGUAGUCUGUGUACUGCAUUGCACCUUGGCCA